GGCAGUAGGAGUGGAGCCGUGACCAUGAGCUCCAGCCAACCAGCAGCCUGCUCGUGCCAGGCUGCCGCAGGCCGCCCAACCAUUCUUUAUGCACUGCUGAGUCCCAGUCUCAGGGCCAGGCCCUCUCUCCCGCCAUCCCGCAGCCACUGCCUGUGCAGGGAGCAUCGGCCCGUCCAGCUCUGCAGCCCUUAUCGCACCUGCCGGGAGGCCCUGGACGUUCUGGCCAAAACAGUGGCCUUCCUCCGGAACCUUCCGUCCUUCGGCCGCCUGCCGCCCGAGGAUCAGCGGCGGCUGCUGCGUGGCAGCUGGGGCUCCCUCUUUCUGCUGGGUUUGGCCCAAGACAUGGUGACCUUCGAGGUGGCUGAAGCCCCCGUGCCCAGCAUACUCAAGAAGAUCCUGCUGGAGGAGCCCAGCUGUGGGGCCAGCAGGGGCCAGCUCCCCGACAGGCCGCAGCCCUCGCUGGCUGCCGUGCAGUGGCUGCAGUGCUGCCUGGAGUCCUUCUGGAGCCUGGAGCUGGGCCCCAAGGAAUACGCCUACCUGAAAGGGACCAUCCUCUUCAACCCUGGUGUGCCAGGCCUCCAGGCCACCUCCCAUAUCGGGCACUUGCAACAGGAGGCCCACUGGGCGCUGCGUGAAGCUCUGGAGCCCUGGUGCUCAGCAGGCCAAGGCCGCUUGGCCCGAGUCCUUCUCACGGCCUCCACCCUCAAGUCCAUUCCGGCCGGUCUGCUCGGGGACCUCUUUUUCCGCCCCAUCAUUGGAGACCUGGACAUCGCCGGCCUCCUGGAAGACAUGCUCCUGCUGAGGUGACAUGCUGUGGCCCAGGCAGGGGUCAGCCAUAGCCUGCGCAGAUGCUGGCCGUGCCACUUCAGCCUACCUGUCCCUAGGGGUGCCCUGUUGCUCCUGCACAGCCUCUCACUCAGCCACCUCUGGACUUGGACUUCCUUGGCAUGGACGUGGUGCUCCAGCUGUCUGGCAGGCCCUCCGUGGUCUCCAGAGGCUCCGCACCCAGACUCCUGUCCCCUCCUGCUGAUGGCAAAGGACGCUGAAGCUGCUCUUUGGGCUGGGGAAGUCCUGCUGGCUUUGUACAGAACUGAAUUUAAGUUAUUGGUUUUUGUAAUAAAAGGUGUGACACUCUC